AAACACAACACUUUAAAGAUUUAAGGCUUCUAUAAACAACAGUAUAUUUCAAGUGAUAUUCAAGAAGAGAAGGAUCGAUUGGGAAGAUAAAAAAUAUUCAGUAAUUUACACCAACUGAUUUGUGUACAUUUGACAUUUUUUGGACGAAAAAUAUUUUGCUCAUUAACAAUGAAUAUAAUUAUCAUCCUUGGGAAUAUUAUUACAAUUUUAUUAAUUGUAAAAUUGGAAUCAACAAGAAUAUCACCUUCUGAACGACUUUACGAACUUGAGAGUAUUAAUAAGAUAAGAAACAAAGCGAUAAGAAAAUAUCUUCCUAAUUAUGAUUUACAGGAAGCAUUUAAAUUUUUAAGUCAAUACAUAAUGAAUGAGGUGGAAAUGUAUGGAUUUGCCGAGCAUCUAAACAGAACUGAUUAUCCACCAGAAUGGAGCAAAACUAGAAAAUUGGAAAAUUAUGAAUAUUACAAUUUUUUGAGAUACAAUUUCCCUCUGGAAGCAUAUGAACUAAUUCCCCAACAAGCAGAAAUGCGUAUUAAUUAUCUGAGAAGAAGGUUUUUUCAGAAUGCACCUACACUCGAUGCGCAAAUAUUAAUUGAAUCUUACUACGGAAGAAAAUUGGAUGAUUUAAUGUUAUUUGAAGACUAUUAUGCUAUUACGAUUUUACUGAAAAAUAUUUCGAUAUUUUAUGUCAAUGAUCCCGCAUCGUGGAGAAUGAGAAGAGCUUUAUACAAUUUGGCUAUACGAAAUUACAAUCUAAAUUCAGAUUUAAAUGACACUUCAAAAUAUUGUUUCUUUAGGGAUGUUAAAACAGAAACUUUCAUUAAUGAUAUAAAUGUAGAAGAUGUUUUCGAUACAACUAAUUUCAUUAUUUGUAGCAGCAAAUAUAAAGAAUCAUACUCAUAUGAAUUUGGAAAUUUAGAAUUCAAUUUGUCUUCAUAUUGGUUGAAUAACAAAUUGCUAAUUACGAAUUCUAACCUAAUGGUAAGUUUGGAAGACAUAGUUGAACUUGAUGAUGAAGAAAUUUACGUAAUCCUGCCUGAUGUAGAGCUUACGGUACGAAGUGUUAAAGCAUUUUUUAUUAUAAACGGAAAACGAAAUGCAUAUGUAAACAUGUUAACUUCCUCAAUGUAUGAAAGGUGCAACUGGUUAACUUAUUUAGCAAAUCAAAUUGAAAAGUACAAAGAGAUGGAAAAUAAUUAUUUUCGUAUCAAGGGCGCAAAAUUCGAUCGAGGUGAAGCCUGAGUCGUAAUCACCUUUGCGCCCAUGUUGCGAACACAAUUUGGUAGAAAAAUUAUUUUGUGUAUCAGAUGUAUAAUCUCAAUAGUAAAAUAGAAAUAAUAAAUGAAAAUUUAUAAUGUGUUUUCUAUCAUUAAAUAUAAAAAAGGAUAUAUAUACAAUUUAGUAGAACGAUAAGCAUUCAACCUUGCAAAGAAAAAUUUCCAAUUAUCUUCUA